UGGUAAGGUCGGGGAGGACACACUGUCAUGUUUUUAUGAGGCUGACUUCUGGUUGGAUGACACGCAACAGCAGCAUUCAUGGUAUUUUUGAUCACACUCAGGAAAGAGAACUUCCAGACCUGGCUCAAAAAGUGGCAAGAUCGAUGGGGUCAUCACGUGCAAAGAGAGCAGGAGUAUUCUGGAGGAUUAAUGGAAGCAUCUCUUUACUCCAUGUCUCUGCACGCCUGGGAUUGGGAGGAUGAGGACAGCGAAAGCAACGGGCCGGCCUCCUCUUACCCUAGUUUUUACCGCUUUGAGUCUGAUGCCGAGGACUAUCUGAGGGCUCCGGCCCACGAGCCCGACUUCGAGAACCCCAACAGCAGUAUCGAGUCCUUCGAUGCCAGCACCUUCGACCCCGACGUGCCCCGGGUCGUCCCCUGCGACCUCAUUAUCUCUCUGGCCCUUCCUGCGAACACAGAUCAUAAAGGAAAACACACAAGUCUUAUUGAUAAAUACAGGAAACCCCCUAAAUCGCACAACCAUAUGGCAAAGCUUCGCCGUUUCUACCACAUUGAGUAUUUCUUCCUGCCAGAUGAUGAAGAACCUAAAAAAGUCGAUGUGGUGGUGUUUCCAGGACUGGCCAGGGUGUUCCUGGAAUCGGGAAUAAAGACUGUGAGGCCAUGGUGUGAAGAUGACAAACUCUGGGUGUCAUGGAGCCAGACCUUCAAUGUCAACGUGACAAAGGAAUUAUUAAAGAAACUGAAUUUCCACAAAAUCAUCUUGAGGAUCUGGGACACCAAGGACAAGAUUUCAAAAAAAUUCCAGUACUGUCAUCCACUGAAGACUCUCUCGGAUGACCUGGGCUCAUUAGAGGAAGUGAGACAUCUGGUUUUAAAUCAGAGAGAAUUAUCUGAACUAGCCCUGGAGAAAGCUAACGUUCUCAGGGAGGGGCGGAAUGAGGCGUCUCUGCUGGAAAAACAAGAAAAGGCAGAAAAAGGUCUGAAGUCUCUUCCAGCAGAGCUUGAAACUUCUUCCAGGAACAGCAAGGAGUACGAAAAGCCACUCAAAGCAGAUGAUCUUCCCACAUUUCGUACUUCAAGAGCAUCACCUACGUCUUUUAUGGGGACAACCAUGAUGGAGAUCAAGGAAUUAAUCGACAGAACAUCAUUUAGCAGCUUAAACACAUUAGAAAGACCAAGGUCUCAAAUUAAAGGAAGAGAUUUUGAAAUCAAAAAGAAAAGCCACAAGAGAAUGAAGAAGCCUUCAGCCAUAAAGGACAGAGGCAGUAUGGUGUCGGGCUGCUGGGGGCAAAGUGCCCUCUGCAUCCAACUGGCAGUGACACCACUCCUUGCAGGACAGCAAGCUGUCAUGAGCCGUGGCAGUGAGAAGUCCGCCAAUAUUUUAGAUUGCCUUUUGACCUUAAAAACAGAAGUUCCUAUCAUGACAGAGGAGCAAAAACAGGACUUGAACCCCAUGACCAUAAAGAUCGAGUGUGCUUCCUGUCUUCCAUCACAACCGGUGCCUAUUCAGGAGCUAGAGAGGCUGUGCACACCCGUCUACUGCAGGUACCAGUUCCAUAAGACUCCGGUUCACCAGACCAAGGGGGAGCCCCACGGAACCCAUAUUUAUUUCCAUGACAUUAACGUCAUCUUCCUUGGGGCCAUGCACCCCAGUGAGCUGCGGGAGUACCUGGAAGGCCCCCCCAUGGUGGUUGAAGUCCACGAUCGGGACCGGAAAUCUGAGGAGUCCUCCCAGAAGCCCAUCCUGUUUGGAGAAGACCCCCUGCAUUCACACCUCAACCUGCAGGUCUUCAUCUCCCCCGCAGACACAGAGAACAACCCCUUUGAGUCGCAGAAAAAGCUGUGGGACCCUUAUGGAGUCGCCCGAGUCAGUUUUGCCAACCUUCUCCUUGGCCACAAGUAUUUGAACCUGGUUGUCCCUAUCCACAGCUGUGAGCCUGAGUCCACAGGCUGUGCCAAGGGCAGCAAGAACAGGAGGCCUGAUGUCCUGCAGCACAGCCCGAUGCCCAUGGGCUGCUACCUGGAGGCGAACUCGCAGCUCAAGCUGCGCGUGGGCGUCGCAGUGCCACUGAGCACCAUGGCUGAAGCCCCUCAACCAGAUCUCAUGGACUCUCCGUUUGGCCGCAUCAUUUUUGUGUUCAGCUUCAAGAAGCUGUUCCUCCUCCACAACCUGCUGCACGAUAUCACCACAAUCAACGCCAAGGCCCUGGAGCUAGACUCCUACCCAAUCCGUAAUGUCCAGCAGAUCCUGUCGGCCUUCAAGAUGCGGGUGAAGGUGCAGGACCAGCCGUCCCUGGAUGUGCUCACAGGCUUCCAUGUGCUGGAUGGCACAGUCCACCUCUUUGUCCUCGAGGGCUUGGCAGAGCAGGGCCUCAAGCAGCUGUGGAACAGCCACCAGAGCCGAAUCCCCAAGUCCCAGCAUGGGGAGUACAAGGUGCUGUACAACUCGAAGCUGUUGUUCCGCCGCAGGCUCUACGCAGACCUGGAGACCGUCGUGUACCACGUGCGCCUCUCCACGCCCAUGGCACAGCUCAUGAGGCAGCAGGCCUUCUACGUGCGCAACGCAGUGCCACGCACAGUCUUCCAGGCGCUGGCCAGGAUCUACGACAUCUGCCACACCAGCACCCGGCUCAAGGAGGUGAUUGUGAGAGACCUGCUGCCUUCCUCCGCCAUGAUCAAGGACUUGAACCAAGAGUUCGGCGUCCCCAUCUUGCAAGAGGACCUCACAGAUGGAAAGCUCCUGGCCUUGCCGCCGCAGCCCGCCCCCAACCUGGAAGCCUUCCGGAGCCGGGGCUCCACCCUGACCACCGAGAUCCUCGCCCACCAGGAGAAGUACCUGCAGUGGCGGGCCACCAUGCUGCAGAGGAGCGGGUGCCAAGCCAGCCUGGUCCAGAGAAACAUCAGAGAAGCCUAUGAGAGCACCAAGAAGCUGCCUACGUCUGUGGUGAAGGUGCUAAGAAUUUCCCCUGCUGCCAAGGCCAUCCACAACUACAGCAUCCAGACCCUGAACUCCUCAGAGCUUGCUAAGAAGGAGCUGUAUCGCGAGAUGGCCAAGGAGCCAAGGAAGAGAUUCACAUACUCUCAGAAUUAUCUCUCUGCCAUGGUGGAGCCUCAGGACACUGAGGAAGAGGAAAAGAAAGCACAGAAAAAAUCCCGCCAGGCCUGGCUCACAGCCGUCGGGUUCCAAGUGACUGGUCUUCAAAAUAGCACUGAAAGCCACCACCGAGAUUUCAGCCACCCACCCAUCGAAGAGCUGAAGGAGGAGUGGACCGAGCGUGCGCUGUUUGCAAAUGUGCUGAAGCCCACGUUGGAUCGAGGGAGGUGGAGCUGGGACAAGCGCCAUCUGGACUUUGAGCUGUACAAGAAGGCACCACCUGUCCUGGAGCUGCCCCCUGCACCAGCGCCGAAACCUCCGAUGGGUGGGAGGCCAAAGGCACUGGCCCUGUCUCCCAGCUAGCAGGACCCUCCCAAAGCAUGGGACGCCACCGCCUGUUCUGGGACACCUCGGCAGGGCCACACCACUUAACUCCCCACUUCUCCAGCCACUGAUUUCAUUAAAGUGCAGGAGGACAAAAGCCUGGCUCAGAAGUCAGUGUUGGGUUCUAAUUCCAGUCCUGACCCUGAGUCACUCUGUCCCAGAGCCUGUUUCCUGAGUGGGCUGGGUAGGCUCACCUCUUGGUCAUGGUCCCGGAGCCCAGUACGGAUGGAGCGGCUGGCCCGUGACAGCACAGCUGUCAUGCCGUACAUGUUGAUGAGGAUGUUGGCCACCCGCUUCAGCACCAGCUGCUCAUCCGCGAUGCUCUGGGGACACAGCUCAGAGUGGAGACCUGCUGCCUGGCUCUCAGGGACCUAGGCCAGUGACGCCUCCCCAGCCGCCCCAUGGCCUCGUGUUCUCCCUUCAGGCCAGGCUCAAGGUAAAGUGAGGUCGUAGAACCUUGGCUGACACAGGCUGGUGCUCAGUGUGCUCAAGAGCCCUGCAGAUGAGCCUUAAAACCAGCCCCUGGACUCAAGCCCCCACCCACAAGGUGUCCAGGAGGACACUGGAAAACUCAGCCAGCAGGGAUCCCCCCACACCCAGUGACCAAGCUUCCUCUAGGCCUGGUCCCAAAGGUGGGCACACAGUGGUCUUUGUGGCUGCCAGGUCUGGCAGAGCCCUCUUACCGUUCCAAAGCGGCGCAGCAAUGACUCAACAG